AUGGGUGAAGCCGACAGAAUUGGCCCUGAUAGUGGCCCGAAGAAGACAUUCGCCGAUCGAGCAAACAGCGUCAGAAAAGCAUUUCUGACCAAGAAUGGCCUUGUUGGCACAUAUGACUAUGCUUUUCUGUUCCGACCAAAUAUUCCAUUCAUGAAGAAAGACCGCCGUGCGAGCCCUUUCUUUGGCCUUAAUGACUCCAUGCCCGUUCUCCUGGCUCUCUUGCUGGGUCUUCAACAUGCUUUGGCUAUGCUUGCUGGCGUCAUGACCCCUCCGAUCAUCCUUUCCGGCGCUGGAGGUGUGAAUCUACCACUCGACUGGCAACAGUAUCUCGUCUCCACCUCCCUGAUUGUCUGUGGGAUUCUAUCAUCUAUUCAGAUUACCAGAUUCCAUAUCUACAAGACUCCAUACUUUAUCGGAACCGGAUUGAUCUCAGUCGUGGGCACUUCUUUCGCCAUCAUUCCAGUUGCAUCUGGAGCUUUUGCACAGAUGUACGCAAACGGCUAUUGUGAACUAGACUCCGAGGGUAACCGCCUCCCUUGUCCGGAUGCAUACGGCGCUCUCAUUGGAACUUGCGCUAUCUGUGCCUUGACUGAAAUUCUCAUUUCCUUCUUGCCACCAAAGACGCUGCAAAAGAUCUUCCCACCAAUCGUGACAGGUCCAACUGUCAUCCUCAUUGGUGUCCAUCUCGUGGAAACUGGCUUCAAGAACUGGGCAGGCGGCAGUGGUCUCUGCUCUGAACGCCCAGAAGAAGGCUUCUUCCGACUUUGCCCCAACAUCGCGGCCCCUCAUGCCCUUCAAUGGGGAAGUGCCGAAUACAUUGGUCUUGGCUUCCUGGUCUUCCUCACCAUCAUCCUUUGUGAGAGAUUUGGAUCUCCCAUCAUGAAAUCUACAAGUGUUAUUCUUGGCCUAUUGAUGGGAUGUAUUGUGGCCGGAGCUACUGGCUAUUUCGAUGACACAGGCAUCAACAAUGCACCAGCCGUGUCGUUCAUCUGGGUCAAGACCUUCAAGCUCUCUAUCUACGGACCUCUUGUCCUGCCCGUCAUGACUGUUUUCAUUAUCUGUGCCUGUGAGGCCAUUGGUGAUGUCACGGCAACUUGCGAUGUCUCUAGACUUGAGGUCGAAGGCCGACAAUUCGAGAGCCGUAUUCAAGGAGGUGUUUUGGCAGAUGGCUUGAAUGGCUGCCUCGCUGCUUUGAUGACGAUUACCCCCAUGUCGACUUUUGCUCAAAACAACGGUGUCAUUGCAUUGACAAGAUGUGCCAACCGCAAGGCUGGAUACUGCUGUUGCUUCUUCCUCAUUGUCAUGGGUCUUUUCGCCAAGUUCUCCGCCGCCCUUGUCGCUAUUCCUUCUCCCGUCCUCGGAGGCAUGACAACCUUCCUGUUCUGUGCUGUUGCAGUUUCAGGUAUGGCCAUUGUCAAUCGAGUUCCUUUCAACCGCAGAACGCGAUUUAUUCUCACCGCAUCUCUGGCCAUUGGUUAUGGUGCCACCUUGGUUCCUACCUGGUUCUCCUACGUCUUCACCUACAGUGGCGACAACCACGCACUCCGAGGUUUCUAUGACGCUAUCUCGCUUGUGAUGGAGACUGGAUUCGCUGUUACUGCCAUGAUCUCCAUGAUCUUGAACUUGAUUCUAGCUGACGAGAUCGAGGAUAUCCCAGAAGUCGUUGAGGAUGAGGUUCGCUCCGAGUCACCCGAUUCUGAUGCUAUCAACAAGGUGCAGAUGGAUAUGCCAACAAAGGAAGUUGUGUAA